AUGGAAGUACGUGGUGGAGGAAUAGCCGAAAAUGGUGGGAUUGUUAGGCCAUCUUCGCCACUCUCCAAGCAGGCCUCAGAGAAGAUGGAAUUCAUGAAGGGAGUGCGUGAUUUCACUCCGCCCCCCUUCUUGAUGAAGACCUUUCAAAUGGUGAAGGAUACAAAGACAAACAACAUGAUUUCAUGGAAUUCUGAAGGUACCAGCCUAAUAGUCCUGGACCAUCUCAAAUUUGCUGCAGAGGUUCUACCAAAGUAUUUCAAGCACAACAAUUUCUCAAGCUUUAUCUACCAACUCAACAACUAUGGAUUCAGGAAGAUUGGACUGAGGCAAUAUGAAUACGAGAAUAAAUGGUUUCAGAGAGGGCAGGAACAUUUGCUAAUGAACAUUAAAAGGCGAAAUGAUGAAGAUCCAACAAUCAGGAAAAGACGAGGACCGAGGGAACAACACGUAACGGCUGCGAGGCCUUCAAUGGAGGCAGGGCUGGAAAUUUUCGAAGAUCACAUGAAUGCACUGAAGAAAGACAUCACAAGAUCAAAAUAUCAUAUGGGGAAACUUGAAAGUAGCAUAGCCAUCUUCAAGAAAAAUGUGAAAAGAAUGGAGGCUAAGUCAAAAGUAUUGAUCAAGGUCUUAGCCAGAAUAUUCAACCCCGCCUUAGUUGAGAAGAUAAUUCAGCGUAUGGAGGAAGAACCAGAACUUGAAAUCCUUCAGACCAUGAAGAGAAGAAGAGUGAUUCUACCACAAAGCUCUAAAACCACAACAAAGUCCACGGAUGAUGGAGCUUGUGGCAUGGACCAAGAUGAUCAAGAGGCAAACAUUUCAAUGGCAGAAUCGAAAAAAAUUGCUGAUCAGAAACUAUGGAAGAAGUUCAUGGGAGAUGAUUCAGUUAGCGAGGAUGAGUCGGAGCAACAACUGUUGAAGCAACACUCGAGGAUUGAUAUGGGAUUCGAUGAUUUGAUGGUAUCCAAGAUUGUGAAUGCCAAGGAGCCUAGUUUGGACGUGGAGGAUGAAGUUGUUGUUGACCUCUGGACGUGA